AGGAAGACGACUGGGAUUGUUGUGUUACAGGUGAGAGUCCCAACCAACCAUCUGCCAGUGAAUAUAGUCCCUCUUCAUCGGAAGAUCCAGAACAUUCCGAAUCCGAAGAUCCAGAACAUUCCGAAUCCGAAGAUCCUGAACAUUCCGAAUCGGAAGAACCUGUACAACGACGAGCGAAACGCAAAACUCAGACUCACAGCUGCCUAGCGUGUGGGAGGAAGUUUGUCUCCUUGUACACACUAAGGAGACACCAGAACAGAACACACACAGGAGAGGAGACGGAGAAGAUAAAAAGACAGAGUCCUGCUUCAGGAGAACCUGAACAACAGAAGAGGAAACGGGGAGUCAGGAAGACCCACUCCUGCCCCGAGUGUGGGAGACACUGCCCAUCGUUAUCAGCACUGAAGGUCCACCAGAGAAUCCACACCGGAGAGAAGCCUUACCUCUGCUCUGAGUGUGGGAAGGGCUUCACUUAUCAAAGUAGCUUGAGAUUACACCAGAAGAAAGACUCCGCCGACAAGGUGACCUGCUGCUGUGGACAAGAGUUCUCCUCAAAGUGCGUUCUGGAGGUUCACUUGAAGACGGACACGGGAGCCAAGCCUUACACCUGCUGUGUGUGUGGCAAAGGGUUCGGUAAAAAAGAACGGCUAAAAGAACACCAGCGAUCCCACACAGGAGAGAUGCCUUACUCUUGCUCGUUCUGUGGCAAGGGUUACUACCAAAAACCAGCUUGGAAAGCCCACGAGCGAACGCACACAGAGGAGAAGCCCCUGUGCUCCGUGUGCGGACGGACCUUCUCUAAUAAGACUACGUUAAAAGUCCACCAACGAACACACACGGGAGAGAAGCCUUUCCUCUGCUCUGAGUGUGGCAAGGGCUUCCUCAGUAAAGCAUACCUGACGACCCACCAGCGAUUCAACUGUUCCGGGGGAGAAGAACGACGGCGAGCGAAGAGGUUUCACAAGUGUCCGGACUGUGGGAAGGAGUUCACACAAGCAAACAAACUGGAGAGACACAUGAGAACACACACAGGAGAGAGGCCUUACCAGUGCUCUGUGUGUGGGAUGAGGUUCAACCAGAAAGGGAAUCUGAAAACACAUUUUAAAGUGCACACAGGAGUGGAUCCCAGUUUAGUGGCUGACAUGGAGACUCCCUCUGAACAACCUCGGGACAACAGACGUAAAGCUGGGAGGCCACAACGCUGCCUCCAUCAGCAUGACGAGGAGGGAACCCAAAACCUACCGGCACCACAAACCCACCACCUCCCGGCACCACAGAGAGAGGGAACCCAAAACCUACCGGCACCACAAACCCACCACCUCCCGGCACCACAGAGAGAGGGAACCCAAAACCUACUGGCACCACAAACCCACCACCUCCCGGCACCACAGAGGGAGGGAACCCAAAACCUACCGGCACCACAAACCCACCACCUCCCGGCACCACAGAGAGAGGGAACAUCCCACCACAUCUCGGCACCACAGAAACCCACCGUGUCCCUCAGGGGAGAAAAACACUAUCUCUGCCCUGAAUGUGGCAAGACUUACACCCGGGAAUACGACCUCCGAGUCCACCUCAGAACGCACACGGGAGAGCGACCGUACCAGUGCGAUGAAUGCGGAAAGACCUUCGUUCGGAAACAAGGGCUCCGUCAACACCGGCGGUCACACGCUCCCAAGCCCAUGGGACCGACCCGUCAGUUAGGCAGACCCGUCAGCAUGGGUUCCAGUAGCAGGAGACCGAACCAAUCAUCACCCAGGAUGGGGAGCUCCAAGCAGCAGUUGCCCAGGGUUGAUAAAGCCACACCUCCGUUCUCUAGUGGAGAGAGACCCAUGCCCUUCCACACAGUGGAGAGACCCAUGCCUUUACAUCGGGUGGAGAGACCCAUGCCGUUACCAGACAUGGAGAGAGAACACUGGCAGUACUGGCAUCUUUAAACUCCACGGCUAUGGUCUGCAUCCUAUUCCCUAUGUAGUGCACUGCUUCUGACCAGGGCUCAGUGCACUAUAAAUGGAAUAGGGUGCCAUUUUGGACAUUGCAUGUCUCUCAUGACUACACAGAACUGUUAUUUUUGCUUCCGUUUGUGUGUGUGUGUUGUUGCUUCCUCAUUUAUGGUCAGUAUAAUAAUCGUUACCGCCGAGCGAGAUAAUCUUGCCAACUGUAGUUAUAGUAACAUACAUAUUUUUUAAAUCAACAAAAAAAUUAAGCGAUUGCAUUUUCGUCCAUUCUAGUGUUUAAAAAAAAAAAUAUAUAUCUAAAUAUGUUAUUUGACUUAUUGAAGCUGUGAUGAUGCAACAAUAAGAAUCCACAGAGACGUACGUGUCAUAAUGCUACAGUAUCAAACGGUCGGCCCUUUUUCUAUAUGCCUUAUAACAUUACAUUUUGAUUUCAUUGACAGUAUAAGCAGAGAUGGCAUCUGUUGUCUUUACACUUCAACCCGUGUGUGUGUGUGUGUGUGUGUGUGUGUGUGUGUGUGUGUGUGUGUGUGUGUGUGUGUGUGUGUGUGUGUGUGUGUGUGUGUGUGUGUGUGUGUGUGUGUGUGUGUGUGUGUGUGUGUGUAGUGUGUGUGUGUGUUGCUUCCUCAUCUGUGAUCAGUACAAUAAAGUCUGCUGUAUUGUGUAAGAUAAU